UCAAGUUUCCACCAACCAACUAUCGUGGAAAGCGGCGCAAGAAGCAGUUCCGAAACCUCGACGCAUCAUGGGACGACCUACGGCAGGAACAAUCCUUCGCAUGAAGAAGACUGACGUGAAGCCAAAGAAGAAGACACCGUCGCUCAAGAACAAGAUCCGCAACCUCGAGCGCUUCCUCAAAAAGGAUACGUUGCCAGAAGACAUGCGUCUCGCGAAGGAAGAAGAGCUCAAGGAAUUGCAGCGUCAGACUGAAGGCAAGCAGGAAGAGGACAAGAGCCGCGAAAUCACACUCAAGUACAAGAAAGUGCGCUUCUUUGACCGACGACGUUUGAUGCGAUCGCUCAAGAAGCUCAAGCGCCAACUGGAUGCGGUCGCCUCGAACGAAGCCGACAACACUUCCGAGAUCGAGAAGGAAUUCCAGCAAGCGAAGGAAGACAUGAUGUAUGUGUACUACUACCCCAAGGGCGAGCGGUACAUCAACUUGUUUCCCGAAGCCAAGAAACCCCACUCGAAUGAAGAUUUGGCAAGACAGACGACGUUGAAGAAGGCGGCGCUCAAGGCGUUCAAGAAGGACGCGGACCACACUGCAUUUGACCAAUAUUGCUUCAACGACGACGACGCACCCGUGGACGACACCAAGAAAGUCGAGAAGAAGCGAAAGGUGGGCAAAGAUGGCAAACCCAAGCGAAAGGAAAAGCGACGGAAGUCAAACACAGAACGUGUCAACGUCGUCGCAGACAUGGACGACGCUGUCGCAGGCGCAGGCGGCGAAGACGAUUUCUUUUUGUAAACGAAUACUUCAAAGUAGUACAGUUACGACACAUGUUGAACAACGGGAACGACGACGACUGGCGUGAUCCCGCUUGAUAUACGUCAGAUGGGAGUUCUCGGCUUCCAUGAGCAGAACUGUAGUGGAUGGCUGGCAUGUUCGACUACUCGGAGUAUUGUAC